UAAUUCAGAGUUUGAAUAUCUCGAAAUCCUAAACCAAAUUGAUAACACAUUUGAAACGAUAAUUGGUGCGAAGUCAAUAAACUUCUAAAAUCAGACACUAAUUUUGAGAAAAUGAUCUAAAAAUAGAAGAUGAAAUUUUGUUGAGAGAUUUAAGGGGAUGAACGAAACCAAAAAUUCCUCAGCCUCCCAAAAAUAACAAUCAAAUAAAAAAUGGAGGCUAUAAAAUCAGCUCCCCAUUCUUCAUCUCCUCAGCUCUGCACAAAAAGCACAAAUAACAAAGAGCCAGCGGCAGAAGAAGAAUAAGAAUAAGAACAAGAACAAUGGCGAAAUCUGCAGUAAUGCUUGUUUCAGCCCUCUGCCUCAUGUCGCUCAUCAACAUCGCAACCUGCGAGAAGGAACGCUUCUUCGUGGAAGGCAAAGUGUAUUGCGACACAUGCCGGAUCCAAUUCUUCACAAAAGUCAGCAAAUUCCUCGAAGGCGCGACUGUGAAAUUGGAAUGCAGAGACAUCGAAGGAGGAAAUGUGACGUUCAGCAAAGAGACGGAGACAGAUAAAUCGGGGAGUUACAAGAUCGAGACGGACAAAGAUCACGAGGAAGAGGUGUGCGAGGUGUCGCUGGUGAAGAGCAAGGAUCCGGAUUGCGAUGAGAUCACGAAGGAAGGGUACGCACACAAAUCCAGAGUAAGUAUCACCAGCAACAGUGGAAUCACCAGCCCCGAACGCCUUGCCAAUCCGUUGUCGUUCAUGAAGAAGGAGAAGCUGCCUGAGUGCAAGGAGGUUCUCAGAGAGCUCGGCUUCGACGAAUAUGGCAACAUCGUCUAAACCACCACCGCCAAAUGUUCUUUAUAAUAGUGGACAAACAAACACCACGCAUUUCUUACCGAACUUCUCAAUUAUUUUUUU